AGUUCGACACGACGCGAGGGAAGUGAUAUACUUAUCGUCGUAUCCAUCUUCGAAUACGGAACGUAAACAAUGCGUUCAAGAAAAAUUUGAUAUAAACAUUAACCAAUUUAAUAGAAAACUUAACUUCAUGUGAACAAUAGUGUAAUUAUUGAAUUUUAUCUUUUUUCUAAGUUUUUGUCAUCGACAGGUUUUCCGUUCAGUGACCCGACCGGCGUUUUCAGUUUACAAAGGUGUUGCAGUCAUCAUAAUUUCAAAGAACAUUUCUUUUAUCACAUUGACACGUUUCAACUCGAGUUUCAUUCAAAAAGAAAAUAUCGUUUGUGUUUUCACACCACGUGUAACAAUGGCGUUCUGUUUGGAAUACACCACAAAGUUUUUUAUAUUAGUGACUGUGAUAGUUCAACUCAAUUUAUUUAAUGUGGCUUACGCGGAUUUUGAAAACAGCUGGACGAUGUAUAUGGAGCAGCCCUGUUGUUCCGGUACGGGACCGCAUCAUGUUCGACAUCACAGAGACCAUAUUCGAGAAUUUACCUGUGGCAUGAACUACUACCGCACUUUUCAUCUAGACAGUAAAGGUGAAACACUCUAUGUUGGAGCCAUGGACCGCGUCUACCGACUGAACUUGAGCAAUAUCAACCAAUCAAGCUGCGAGAGAGAUGCUCUCAAUUUGGAACCUACCAAUGUGGCUAGUUGUGUAUCUAAAGGAAAAUCAGAGCAUUUUGAUUGUCGAAAUCACAUAAGAGUUAUACAAUCAAUGGGAGAUGGAAGUAGGCUGUACGUUUGUGGAACUAAUGCUCAUAAUCCCAAAGAUUGGGUUAUCAAUGCAAAUUUGACUCAUCUUCCUCGGAAUACGUUCGUGCCUGGUAUAGGUAUGGGUAUCGCGAAGUGUCCUUACGACCCCGCUGACAAUUCCACCGCAGUAUGGGUUGAAAAGGGUAAUCCUGGAGAUUUAGCUGGAUUGUAUUCUGGAACUAAUGCAGAAUUCACAAAGGCUGACACUGUCAUUUUUAGAACAGACUUACAUAAUUUAACAACGGGAAGAAAAGAAUACAGUUUUAAGAGGACACUGAAAUAUGAUUCUAAAUGGCUGGACAAACCGAACUUCGUAGGAUCUUUCGAUAUCGGAGAAUAUGUUUUAUUCUUCUUCAGAGAAACCGCCGUGGAAUACAUCAAUUGCGGCAAAAGCGUUUACUCUAGGGUCGCUAGAGUCUGCAAAAAGGAUACAGGAGGAAAGAAUAUCUUAUCGCAGAACUGGGCCACUUAUCUCAAAGCUAGACUUAACUGUUCUAUUCCAGGAGAAUUUCCGUUUUAUUUCAACGAAAUCCAGAGUAUCUACAAAGUUCCUGGCGAUAACAAUAGAUUUUAUGGCACCUUUACUACAUCAACAAAUGGACUAAUGGGUUCUGCCAUUUGUUCAUUUAGCCUUUCGGAUAUCCAAGCGGCUUUUAAUGGCAAAUUCAAAGAACAGGCUACAUCUUCUUCUGCAUGGUUACCUGUUUUAUCCGGUAGAGUUCCCGAACCACGACCAGGAGUUUGUGUGAAUGAUACGGAAACUCUUCCAGACACUGUAUUGAAUUUCAUCCGCAGUCACCCACUAAUGGAUUCUGCAGUUAUGCAUGAGAACGAAAAACCUGUAUUCUUCAAAAGGGAUAUUUUCUUCACGAGAUUGGUCGUUGACAAGAUUAAGGUAGAUAUUGGAGGUGCUGUUUUGGACUAUACCGUUUAUUACGCUGGAACAAAUGAUGGUAGGGUACACAAAAUCGUGGAAUGGACCAGAGACCAGGAUUCUUCGUCGAUUCUUCUAGACGUUUUCGACGUAACUCCUGGAGAGCCAAUUCAAGUAAUGGAAUUAUCAAAAUCACACAAAGCUCUCUAUGUAGCAUCCGAUUUUAGAGUUAAGCAAGUCGAUUUGGUGAUGUGUAACAGAAGAUACGAUAAUUGCUUAAGAUGUGUACAUGAUCCAUACUGUGGAUGGGAUAAGGAUUUAAAUGUUUGUAAACCGUAUUCUCCGGGUCUGUUGCAAGAUGUAUCUAACAGCACCCAUGAUGUUUGCGAUAGUAGUGUAGUGAAGAAGAAAAUGGUGGUUACUUGGGGACAAAGCCUCCACUUGGGCUGCUUCCUCAAAAUGCCAGCAGUUCUUUCUUCUCAAACUAUAACUUGGUAUCAUUAUUCCAAAGAAAAAGGACGUUACAAGAUCCAAUAUCGACCUGACAAAUACGUUGAAACCUCUGAACAUGGCUUAGUAAUAAUUGCAGUUACUGAAUCUGACGCUGGAAGGUACGACUGCUGGAUGGGUGCCUCAUUGUUAUGUUCAUUUAAUGUGACUGUUGAUGCUCAUCGGUGUUCACCGCCUGCCAAAAGUAAUGAUUAUCAAAAGAUCUAUUCAGAUUGGUGUCAUGAGUUUGAAAAAUAUAAGUCUGCCAUGAAAACAUGGGAAAAGAAACAAGCGCAAUGUUCAACACGUCAAAACGCUAGCAACCAGAACAGCCAUCCAAACGAAAUCUACCGACCGUUGGUGUGAUAGCUCAUCGAACGCGGGCCAUUGGCACUUACAUAUUUAGGUAUUCCUCUUUAUUGGACUCUCGUUUUAUUCGUGUAAAUAUUUCACUUCUUUCGAGAGACAAAACUACGGCCGAUUGUAUAUUCAAAGCAAUCGGCGGAAGUGCCCUCUUUUUGUGAUUGAUGGAAGACAUCUUAACCGUUUUCUCCCGAUAGUGCUUGAAUUUUUAUGCUUUUUGUCUUAUUUUAAUAUAUAUGUAUGACUCGCCGUAACCGAUUUACAGUGUGUUUAAGUCGUUUCUCAAAUACAUUAUUUAUAUUUGUUCAAAGGGCUUAAAAAUUUAUAAAAAUAAAUUAUGAUAUAUAAAAACACUAUGGGGAUUUACUGUUGGCAUGUUUCAUUCCAAAUUUUAAACUUCUAACAUAUUAUUUAUUUUCGAUAAUAAUUAUUGUAUUCCCUAACGAAGACUUCCAUAAAUGUUGAAACUAAGUAGAUAGAUAAAUAAUAUCAGUUGAAUUUCUAUAGAUGUUUGCAAUAUAAGGUUCUUUAUGUACAGAGAUUGAUUUUAGUCAGGUUCAUGUUCUUCCAAUUUCUACAUUUAUAUUCAAUUUAAUACUUCAUUGGAAAUGAAGCGCGUGUCUUUUAGUUUAUGGUGAUGAAGAAAAUUUGUGUAAAUAUCAAAAUAUGUCGGGCAUAGUAAUAUUAAUUUGAAGCUUGCAUUGUCUUAUCUUUCCUUAUUUUUCUAUAUUAUCUAAUAUCCUCCUUCCAGAUUUUCUUGUAAAUUUGAUUUUCUUUUUAUUACAAAUAACUAAAUUUGUCUACUAAUUAUAUAUCCCAGUACUUUGGGUUAUUUUUGAAAUAUUGGAUUUGUUUUAUUAUCAAUUUUAUACAAACUUGAUCUUUAUCGCUGUAGAGAAAAAAUUUGAGUCUUAUUUUUGAAAUAGGUAGAAAAGUGUAAUUAUAAUAUAGACUCAUUUAAAUGAAAAUGUCAUUAAAAUAUGUACCUACAUAAAUGAGACAACGCCUGUGAUUCGCCAUGUAAAACUGAACUAAUGAAAUCACAUUUUCUUAUUAUUUCUAUCAACUUAAGGAAUUAGAAGAAUGUGAACCAGUCUUAAAAUUAUAAAUAGUUAAUCACAGUAUUAUUUUUUACAAUUUUAACAUCAUUAAUUAUUUGGGGAAUAUAUCAGUUUGAAUACCAUCAUAUCGCACAAUAGAAUAUGUUUCUCUUACUAGCCCUUUUACCAACAAAUAUAAUUUUGAAAUUUGAUUAAAUAUUUAUACAGUGUGCUGUGACUAAUGCAUAAACGGUGAAAACGGUUGUUUGGAAUCUUGUUAUUUAUAAGUAAUAAUUAAAUUGUUUUCAAAAUAUUUUCUAGUACAUUUUAUUUAGAUCAAUUUUAUCACCAAUCCAGUGAAAUAACGUACUUGCCACUUUUUAGAAGUUAUCUUAAGAUAAGUUUUCGAUUUUUAAUGUCUAAUUCAGGCUCUAUGGAAGAAAUGUUAAAAUAUGGAAAUAUAUAAAUCAAUACAAAAUUGGAUGCUUUUGAUUUUGUUACUUUCUCAGAUUCGUAUGCUCCCAGUCUAUACCAUAGAAGUUGCAGAACACUGUAUAUGUGGAAAUUUACUUCUGAGAAACGACAUUAAUUUGAUAUGAUUUUAAUAAAAAAUUCAUCUUUGUACUGGACAUGUCUUGAAACAUAGCAUUAUUUAAAUGAAUUUUAAUAACGCCCAUAUGGAUAUUUUAGUCGAUGUGUAAUGAUGAAAAAAUAGUAAUUUUACACAUUUAUAAUGGCCAAUAUUUCUAUAUCGAUAAGUAUAUUCAUUUUGGCCUUAGAAAUUAUUUCAUCAAGAUUUCAUUCAGUCCGCUAACAAUAUCAAUUAUUAAAUUUAGUUUAAUAACUAAGAGCAUUUAUUGUCAAUUUUCCUAUUCAUGAACAUCAGAACAUUAUCACAAAUAAAAAAUGUGUAAAAUAAGUAAAAAAUCAUAUGUCAACUAAAAAAAAAAAA